CCCCGAAUUAGCAAGAGGAGAAGAGGAAGAAGAAAGGGUAAACACGAGCAAACAAAAAGAAGGUGGGCGUGAAAAUUACUGGUGCGUGGGAACUGAGACCCGAUCGGAAGUGGAACAUGUCCGUGGAUCACAGCGAAACAGUCACGGAUCGAGCUUUGGAGUUCGCAAUUCCACUGCAAAAACAGUCCAAAAGAAUCACCAACUUUGGUGUAUAUCUGAAAAAUUAGCUCUUGAAUUCAGUCAUCUGCCAUGAUGUGUCGUCAGAGAAGCGAGCUGUCACGGGUUGCUCAUAAGAGUUCGUCAUCGUCGGCCUUAUAUAAAUCCUGGCCAGGAUCGAAACUCACCGACACCCCCACCCCAAGAAGGAUUAACCAGGAAAAGAUUAAAAAGAAAAACAAAACAUGGGUUCAAAGACCAUGGCCACGUUCUUCAUCUCCAUGAUCCUCAUGCUCUUGUCCUUACCACCCAUAUAUGCUUGUGGCUAUUGCGCGCCCCCGCGCCCCCCGUACCACGGCCCGACCAUCCCCCGCCGGCCCGGCCCUCGCCCCCAUCCUGGUCCGGGUCACCAUGGCGGCAGAAGCAGCGGCGGAGGUGGCAGCGGGAGCAGAGGCAGAGGAGGCGGUGGCGGCGGAGGCGGUGGUUAUACUCCAAGAGUGCCGACUCCACAUCCGCCCGUUGUUCUUCCGCCAAGAGUGAAUCCUCCUCCUGUCACCAACCCUCCUGGCAUGAUUCCUCCUAUUACAAACCCUCCUGGCGGCCUCAUUCCUCCUAUCAUAAAUCCUCCCGGUAUACUACCUCCAGUAACGAACCCUCCGACAACACCGCCUGCUUCUCCAUGCCCUCCUUACGGCGGCGGCCCUCCCGGCGGCGGCAGCGUCCCGAGCCCGCCGACCCCGCCGACGACGUGCCCUAUAAACGCUCUAAAGCUAGGGCUUUGCUUGGACGUGCUGGGAGGGUUGGUCCACAUAGGGAUCGGGAACCCGCUCGAGAACGUGUGCUGCCCGGUGCUCCAAGGGCUGCUGGAGCUCGAGGCGGCCAUCUGCCUCUGCACGGCCAUAAGGCUGAAGCUACUCAACCUCAACAUAUUCAUUCCUCUGGCUCUUCAAGUCCUCGCCACUUGUGGCAUAACCCCUCCUCCCGGCUUCGUAUGCCCUCCUCUUUAGAUAAGUUCAGCGUAAGUAGUUUCGGAUAUUAAUCAAGUAGCGAUGGAGUAUUCAGGCCUUAGAAUGGGUGUGUUUGUCCUAGUGCUUUGUCGAUGUUUAGGGUUAUAAAUGCCGGCUGGCUAGUCCUAAUUCAUCUUGUUAGGUUUUGGCUAAAAUCUUCCAAUUCCUCCAUUUGCUUUUCAAGAUUUGAGGGUACGUGUGCUUGGUUCACUUUUUA